GGGAGCCAGUCGUUCUGCGGCGGUUGGAAAUUGCGGUCGGCUUUAGCUGCGGUUGUCCUUGGAGCGACUGCUGAUGGCGGCCAUGCUCGGCACCCUCCCUCUACUCUUCAUGGUGGUGCUGGUGCUACUGGCCUGGAUGUGGCGUCGACCCAGCCGCUUCCCGCCAGGACCCACGUGUUGGCCGCUCAUGGGGUCCUUCUUCGCCGUGCCGAAGAAGGACCUGCACCUCACGCUGAUGCGCUGGAAGGACGAGUACGGGCCGCUGGUGGGCGCCAUGUUCGGCCCGCGGCGCGUCGUGCUGGUGGCAGGACCCAGGGAGGUCCUGGAGGUCCUGCGGCGGGACGAGUUCGCCGGCCGCCCCAGGAUGUUCUUCUUCAAGGAGCGCUCCUUCCGCAAGCUGCUGGGCGUCGUGUUCAGCGAUGGGCCAUUCUGGACGGAACAGCGUCGCUUCGCUCUCCGACAUCUGCGUGACUUCGGUUUCGGCAAAACAAGCAUGGACAACAUCAUGCACGAAGAAGUGGAUGAGCUAUCAAAAGUUCUCCUAACUUCUGAAAUACAUCCGGUCUCCAGGAUGUUCAACCAGGCCAUCGUGAACCUGCUGUGGACCAUCGUGGCCGGCAGGCGGUUCUCGUACGAGGACUCGCAGUUCCAGGAGAUCCUCGGCUACGUGUACAAGUCGUUCCGCUCCGACGUGCCGGGCGGCGUGCUCGUCAACGUGUUCCCCUUCCUGCGCUUCGUCAUCCCCCGGUGGUCGGGCUACGAGGAGGGCAUGGAGUACGUGCACGGGCUGCAGGGCAUGCUGCGCGAAUCAAUCAGAGAGCAUGAGAAGUCGUUUACCGAGGGAUACCACAGGGAUUUCAUAGAUGUUUACUUGGAAGAAAUCAGAAACAAGAAGAAUCUCCCAGAAACCACAUUCACAGAGGAGGGCCUCAUCGUGCUGUGCAUGGACCUGUUCAUCGCCGGCUCCGACACGGUCAGCAACACGCUGGAGUUCUGCCUGCUGUACAUGGUGCUGUACCCGGGGGUGCAACUGGCCGUGCAGCGCGAGAUGGAGGACGUUCUGGGGCGCAGCAUCAUGCCCUCCGCCGGCGACCGGACCAGGCUGCCCUACACGGAAGCUGUGCUGACGGAGGUGAUGCGCAUCAACACCAUUGUGCCGGUGCCGCCCCCACACAGGUGCAUGAAGAAGACAGAGCUUCAGGGCUACACCAUUCCCGAGGACACCAUGGUGUUCGUGAACCUGUGGGCGCUGCUGCACGACCGGGAGCACUGGGGCGACCCGCACGUCUUCCGCCCCGAGCGCUUCCUCGACGCCGAGGGCAGGUUCGCGCGCGACGACUGGUGCUGCGUGUUCAGCCUGGGCAAGCGCACCUGCCUGGGCGAGUCGCUGGCGCGCAACGCGCUCUUCGUGGUCUUCACGUCGCUGUUGCAGCGCUUCGAGUUCUCGCUGCCCGCGGGCGACCCCGCGCCGUCCACCAAGGGCCGGCUGGGCCUCACCAGCACGCCGGAGCCCUUCCGCGUCAAGGUCACGCCCCGAGGGCCUUCGUGAGCCGCAUCUCCACGA